UCUUUAGUGGCGUUUGGGGUCCCUGUGUUCAUGUCCGCUUUUGGUACUGCGGGCGCGGUUCCAAUAUGGCGGACGAAGAAGUAGAAACGAAUAACGGAACAUUGCCUCCUUCAGAGCUCGGAACCAAGCAAUAUUGGGAUUCUGCCUACGAGACAGAACUCUCCAAUUUUGAUGAUCACGGUGACGUGGGAGAAAUCUGGUUUGGUGAAGGUUGUUUGAACCGAAUGAUCAAGUGGAUAAAGAAAUGCCCGAGAAUAACCAAGAACUCAUCUAUACUUGAUGUUGGAUGUGGGAAUGGUAUGCUUUUAGUUCCCCUGGCACAAGAUAACUACAAGGACUUACUUGGCAUAGAUUACUCUGCUGCUGCUAUAAAGCUUGCUAUUUCAGUUGCUGAGCAAGAAAGUGUGAACAUAAAAUUUAUGGAAUGUGACAUUCUGGAGUUGAGAGGUGGUCCUCUGGAGGAAAAAACAUUUGAUAUGUGUUUGGAUAAAGGGACAUAUGAUGCUAUUAGUUUGAAUCCUGAUGACUCACUAGCCUGCCGUCAGAAGUACAUCAAGUCUGUGUCAGAGUUAUUGAGACCCCAUGCUUUACUAGUUAUCACGUCUUGCAACUGGACAAAAUCUGAGCUUAUAAAACAAUUCCAAAAUGAGUUUCAUUUCUUGGAGGAGAUACCUGCGCCCACGUUUUCUUUUGGCGGCGGUCAAGGGCAUACAGCAACUUCUGUGGUAUUUGAAAAACAAAGACGAGACUAGUUAGAAGAACAUUUUGUAAAUAUUUCAAAUAAAAAAAAAAUGAGUGGUUGAUCUGCUAA